GAUCUACAUAGGACAGGCUGCAGCAACUUUAGCGGUGAUGACAAUGAUGAAGAUCGUGCUGUGCUGAAACGAUUACUGCUUGCCUAUGCACGAUGGAAUAAGCGAGUAGGAUACUGCCAGGGAUUCAAUGUUAUUGCAGCACUGCUUCUGAAUGUCAUGGAUGGGAAAGAAGAUGAUGCCCUGAAGGUCAUGAUUUACCUCAUUGACAGUGUUUUGCCUGAGAGCUACUUCUCAAACAACUUGAGGGCUCUCUCCGUUGACAUGGCUGUGUUUCGUGACCUUCUGAAACUGACAUACCCCAAACUAGCCAAGCAUUUAGACCGCUUGCAGCUGGCAGCACAAGAUAUAAGAACAGGUGCCUGCUAUGAACCUCCGUUGCCUAAUGUGUUCACCAUGCAGUGGUUUCUGACACUGUUCGCCACCUGUCUACCAGUCAACAUUGUCCUGCGUGUUUGGGACUCUAUUCUCCUUGAUGGGUCUGAAAUCUUACUCAGGACUGCGCUCACUAUAUGGGGAAAACUAGCUAAAAAAAUCAUGAAUGCAUCAAGUGCUGAUGAAUUUUACAGUCUAAUGGGAGAGUUGUCUUCUUGUAUGAUGCAGGGAUCUGUUUUUGAUGGAGAUGCUAUCAUUAAG